GAACGCUACUUAGCUGCCAGCAAAAGUGUGCGCACCGACACGACGUCGUGGUCAUCAGUACAACAGACUGAAUUUGUGCAUAUUUUUAGAAAAUUUUGCCAGCAAAGAAUAACAUAAAAAUAACAUAAAUAAACUGCCUUUGUUCCUGGGGUAUAAUAAAUUUGAUUUUUGGCUAAUUUCAAACGAAGAGCACAAAGGAUUCAGAUUUAGACUCGAAAUUAGUGCAGUGCUUUCCACCAACUCUUAAACUUUCCACCAACUUAGUGGCUGUAAUUAUUGGAGCGACGAAACGAAAACGAAACGAAAGUGAAAAUUUGGAAUUUUCACUAUUGCCAAAACUUGCAUACGUGUGUACAUACAUAUGUACAUUCAUUUAUAUAUGUAGGUAUAUGCGGCUAUAGGAGCAGACACAAUAUACAGGCGUUAGGAGGAGUUCCCGACGCAUUACCGUUUGGCAAAUGUUUAUAUCAAAGCCACAAUUAAGUGAUAUUACGUGGAUAUAUCAGCAUGUCUGGCCGCAGCGGAAGUGAUAGCAGUCCAUCGCGACCACCUUUGAUCGCAGCAACGUUUAAUGUAAAAAAAUUAUUGCUCUGUGCACUUUUGGUGUUCUUUGUAUUUCCGCACACUUCAUAUGAAUUUUUUCAAUUCGGCGGCGAAGCUAAGGGUGGCAGUGUUGGACAUGUUGUGGAUGCCAUCAAACCAAUUGCAAAGCGCCCAUUUGAAAAGAAAUUUAAAUUUCAUAAAAUUGAACGCGUAUACAUCGACGAUGAGGACGAUAAAGAUGACAAGGGCAGCGAAGAUGAUGGCGAUGACAAAAACGAUGAUGUUAGCGACGAUAUUAAAAAAGAAGCCGAUGAUACUAGCCAACAUAUGGAUGUGAGCGAGCAGGCGACUGAGUCAGAUGAAAUGCCAUUCAAACGGGCACGCACAGCACACAAAGAGCGACGUGCUGCCACCUCCGCAGUGAAAGAGGAGAAAAAACGGUCAACACCUAAAAAACAGAGAGUCACUACAGCUGAUGAUCGAGAUAAAAGCGAAGAGACGAAAACAUUCUUCGGCUCAUUAUUUAGCAGUUUCUUUGGUGGGGGUGGUGGUGGAGGUAGCGUAGGCGGUAGUGAUGAGCGGUUUGGGGAUAAAAAGCAAAAGUCAACAAGCGAAGAAGAGAAGUCUGUGGAGAAAACAGAGUCAACAAACGGCAUCAUUGACUGGCUGAAAUGGUUGAGUGAGCGUGGAGAGCGCGCUGAGCAGCAGGACAGUGUGCCUGCAGCGUCGACUGAAGAUACGGAAUCUUGGCUCUCUUACUUCGAUCGUUGGCCAUUCAAUAGCUUCUUUCCCAUUGGCAAGCCAGCUAAGCCAAUACGGAUGCCGCGAAAUAAUCAUGAAUCAAAGCAAGCUGCUUCCCAGGAGAAUGGCGAUUCGAACGAAUCGUUGCCGGCAAUGUCGCAGGAAAACUUCGAAACUGUAUUGCAAAAACUACCCAGCUUUGUGGUGAAUCCAACGCAAGCUACUAAUGCCGAAUGCAGACAACAAUUGCAGAUAUUUCAUCGCCAAUUGCGUGGCAAUAAGUUUUGGACCUUACAGAUGUUGGACGCCUCAGGAAAAAUAUCUUCAGGUCUACUGCGCGGCAACCUCAACCAAUUCGGAGACUUUGAUCAGUGCAUGCAGAUAAAAACUGUUAUAAAGGUCACACCGGAAAAUCCGGUACGCAUUCGCGGAAAAUAUUGUUUGGCGCACAUUGAAAUGCAAACUUCAACAAAAGAGCUGAAGUUGCCGCUUCAUUACGCCCAAGGACGUGGUCUCUGGAGAAGUCAUUUCGGAAAUCCCAGUCAUUUUGUUCCACGCUAUGACGUCGCCAACUGGGGCAUUUGCAUACCACACCUCUGCAGCGGCGAAGUGGUGCAGCAAAUGAUCGAAGCGAACUUGCGAUCCUACAAUGCAACAGGUGUGGAAUUUCAUGUGGAAGUCAACGAUGACGAUUGUUAUACGCGAUCGAAUGUUAAGCUCAUGAAACUAAUCAAAAAGGAUCAGAAACUCGCACUGGCAAUUGCUGGCAUUUGUGGACUUGUGCUAUUGUGUGUCGGUUCUUUACUUAAUGCAAACUACUCGACAAUAAAAACAUGGCUGCUUAGCAAACUACCGAACAGUGAAACCGAAUCAGAUGGCAAACCCAAGGGCAGCGAGAGUGCAGUAGAAGCAAUCGGCGAUGCUGCCGAGACAGGAGAUGCACAGGAGGCUGGUAACGAGAGCGAAGUUAAUGUAGAAGCGAACACCGAAGACGAACAACACAAUUCAACUGAUAGCGUGUUUCAGUCACUCACUGCCAUGCUGCGAGACAUCAUCGGCGCUUUCUCACCACAGCGCACAUUUGCCGCACUGCUCGCCAGUGAUGACUCCGGAGCCCAAUUUCCCAUUUUCAAUGUGCUCAAACUGGGUGCUACAUUCGCACUCUAUAUAAGUCUCAAAUAUCUCAUGAUUGGACAUUUGCCCCUCAUCAAUCGUGAUAAACUAGUGCGAGCACUGGAACAACCACAAAGCAUCCUCUUCCGUACGCCAAUGAUCUACAUGGAUGUACUUCUGAUGAUAAGUGGUUUCUUGAUUGCUUACCAAUUGGCCGAAGAAAUGGAGCAAAAAACGCAUAUUCAGCUGCUAAAACGUAUGACCUUGAAAAUAUCGAGAUACCUGCCUACUUUGUAUGUCGUACUGUUCUUCCAAACCUAUAUUCUUCCACUAAUUGGCGCCGGCCCGCUUUGGACUAAUUUGAUUGGGCAAAAUACGCGCUUGUGUGAGCAACAAAUGUGGCGAAACUUUUUCAGCGUUCAGAAUGCAAUCGAUUUUGAGGAAACUUGUUCGCCAAUGACCAUACAAUUAGCACUUGAAGUGCAACUCUACUUGCUGGGUCCUUUGAUUGUGUGGCUCUACUACACCGAUGCGGAUGCGGCAUUCUUCAUCUAUGGCGCUCUACAUGCAAUGUCUGUGGCCGCACGUUACUCGCGCACACAACGCGAAUACCUAUCGAUAACCUUGUUUCAUGGCAUGAACGUUAGCAAAUUCUAUCGCACGGCCAAUCUACUCUUUUCGUCGCCGAUAAGUCGCGCAACGUCCUAUCUACUUGGCAUCGGUACUGGCCUGAUACAUCGCUCUCAAGCUGGUACGUUGAAAAUCGCUAGCGAACUUGUACCCGUUGGCUGGUUAUGCGCCACACUGAGCUUGAUUUGGUGCUUCUGGUCACCCUCGACGGGCAUGCGCACCGAUUUCGUUUACACAGCUGGUGAAGCUGCCUCUUAUGCCGCUUGGUGUCCACUUAUUCUGGGCUUAGCAUUGGCUUGGUGUAUUUUCAUGUUUCCAAAGGGUGAAAACUCGGUGCUGCAGGUGCUUACCACAAUGAGACCUGUGCUAUUUCUUUCCCGCAUUACGUUUCCCAUACAAUUGAUGACGUAUGUAGUGGUGCUGUACAACACUGCUAGUGUAAGUGAGCCACGGAAAUAUCACUUGACUGACUUGAUCAACUAUAAUGAGAUAGCAGUCAUUUUGGCAAGUGGCAUCACGUUGGCUUUUCUAAUCGAUGUUCCAGCGCAAUACAUCCGGAAGGUUAUAAUAAACCGGCUAUUUGUAGAGCGUUCAACGCGCGAGCAUGACCAAGAGAACGAACCCAGUUCGGGUGCGGAGGUCUCCGAAGCAGAAGCUGAAGCGGAAGCAGAAGCUGAAGCGGAAGCAGAAGCAGAAGAGAACAACGAAGAACAUGAGGAUCAGGCUGAGGGUAAUGUGGGCAAUAUUUCGGUUACCGCAGAAAAUACUGAAGAUUUGGAAGGCAACAGCAAUGUCGAAGUGUCUGGGGAUGAGGAGACAGAGACCGCAGUAGAAGAAGAUGAUGUUACCGAUAAAGAAACCGAAAUAACAGAAGAAGAUGAAGUUAAAAAACGACCAGCAGAGAUUGAGAACGAGGAGGGCACAAUGAGUUAUACAAGAAGGCGACGACGAAUCAGUGACGAUUAGAGGGCGUAGAGAGUCCAACAAGGGAUGCUAGUACAGUAGCAGCAAAAGACAACUGCCAUAUAGGCAAAAAUUAGAGUAUGAGAAAAGAUUAACCCUCCGUUGGGCAUCCAGGUCCAUGUUUUCACUGUGGAGUAGUUGGCUUUUUCAUUUUUAACAUAUUUCUGAAUUGAAUUUAACAUUUUUUUAUUAUAGCUAACGACUUGAGUUCCAAAUAGCUUCUUAAAAUUUAAUUUACUAUCGAUUUAUGGAUACAACAGUUUAAAAAGGAUGCUCGCACAGGACGAAAAAAGCGCAGACCCGGGUGCCCAACCGAAGAUUUUAAAAAAGGUGUCUAACGGAGAGUUAAAUGAAGUGGUCAUAAGCAAAUAUUGUUUUUUUACGUCACUACGUCGUUACUUCUGUACCCCCAGAUAGAGAUGCCUUUAUUUGUUAUUUGUAUUUGUAAUUUUUUCUCAAUUGAAUUGAAUAUCUUUUUGUGUACACACGAGCGAGCAGGCUUGAAUUGGCACGUUACUUAGCGACAAAAACCCGAAACAAUUGGCAACACGAACCUAAAAACGAACUCGAAAUUAAUUGAAGUUUUUUUAAACUUUUUAUAUUUUUACAAUUUACAUACAUAUUUCUGUAUUCUUAAUUAAACAAAUUUUUCAUACAAUAUUU